UGCGCAGUGGCGGCAUCUGCAGCAAGUGGCUACUGUCGUCUGCCUGCACUGGUAUCGAGUGAUACUGUCAAAAUAUUGGAGAAUCUUUGGAAUAAGGGAUAUUUUCACAGGGAAAAAAUGACGGAAAGCACGGAAACUGACCCUCCAAGAUGGAAUCUGAUACAGUUUGGACUGUUGUGUUUUUAUACCAUGGGUUUCAGCGGAAUGACCAGCAUACCGUACUAUAUCCACAGACACACAGGUCUGUUCCUAGUUGCCUAUUAUCUGCUGGGGAUCCUGGUGUGUGUCCCAGUCUGCUAUGUCCAACUCAAGCUCGGCGCUCUCUACAAACGAGGCUUGCUCGGGAUCUUCAGUCACCUAGUACCAAUUCUUAAAGGUGUCGCCGUCGCCCUGCUGCUGAUGACGUAUAUCCGGAGCUUGACUCAUGGACUAGAGAUGAGCUAUGGCCUGUACUUCAUGUUCUCCUCCUUCAAACAGCCCUUCCCGUGGAGCAACCCCAUCAAGCCCAACAUGUCCUUCCCAGACCCCAAGACCAUCUACGUCCUUGACACUCAUGAAGAUCAUUACUUUGAUAAACAGUUCCUGCAGCGUUCGGAGUAUAUCGGGAGUUUCGGGCCCGUGGUUUGGUACAUCAUGCUGUGUGUCCUGGCGACAUGGAUCCUCAUCUUCCUCUUCGUCUUCAAGGGUACCAAGGGCAUAGGAAAGAUCCUGUAUGUGCUAACACCCCUGACCAUCAUCUGUCUCCUCACCAUCCUGGGGUAUGCAUACUCCACUGUCCCGAAUGCCUGCAGCUCCCUCUAUCAGAUGUUUUCGGGAUCCACUUCCAAGCACGAGUCGGUCACGAAUAAACUGGAAGAGAAUAACGUAUUCUACACUCAGCUCGGAGACCCGAAGCUGUGGAUCGAUGCCCUGGAUGUCCACCUGUUCAGCCUCGGCCUUUGGGCAGGGAUCCUCCCAACUCUUGGAACCCACAUCCACAACAAGAAGGUCAUCAUCAACGCUGCCUGGGGUAUCCUUCUGAUCCUUUAUUCCCUUAUCCCACAUCUGGUGUUCCUGGCGAUAGCUCCUUACAUCGAUCCUUCUCAGAAUCAAAGAUGGUUCGCCAACGCUAAGGGCGUGAAACCAGGCUUGUCGUUCAUGUUUGUAACAAUUCCUCUCACGUUCGACAAGUUCAGCCUGUCUCCCUUCAUCGCUUCCCUAAUCUACCUAACGUACUUCCUGCUCGGUCUUCACCACUUGGGUCUCCACACACUGAUGAUCUGGGAGAACCUGCUGCCCUGCGUCAACAAGAGGGUGAUGAUGUUCUUCAAGAGGCCGGACUUCCUACUUGCCUUGUUCUGCUUCAUUUCCUUCAUCCUUACUCUUCCAUACACGUCACAGUGUGGCAUCUACCUGUAUAUGAUCAUCCGGUUCUACAUGGAUCGCCUUCUGUUUGCUCUCGUCAUCUUCAGCAUGGUACCCUUCAUCAUCGGCUACAUCCGCCAGGAGACAUUACGGCUGCCGAUAGAGCGUCUGUCUAUGAGUCUGUGGUAUGGACUGGCCUCCUUGGUGUCCGCGUGUCUGCUGAUCUACUACUUCGCCGUGUACGUCUACCAGGAGUCGGUAGUGAGCAUUGAACAGCGCUGGGCGGAGUACCUGGGGUGGCUGGCCUCGAUCUCGCCAAUCAUCUUCGGAGUGAUACUGGGAGCUGCGCACGCCGUGUGGAAGGAGACCGGGUCAUUAAAAGGGCGGUUCCUGCAAGCUCUGCGGACGGGUCAGCUGCCAGAUGACGUCAUGGACGACGAUUACACGUCGGUCCAAACCGGGGACACGUCAAUGCCCCAGGCGAAGUCGCCAUUACCAAGCGAGCACCACGCGCACGAACGUCCAGUGAUGAUCCCAAAUGAGUUCGUGCAACCAAAGUCAGAGGUCGAGGUCAGCAUUAAACCGCCGGAAUAUGGCGACGUUGUCCGAGUGUGAAAGGGCGGAAAUGACGAAAUAUCACCAAAGAGAGGCUCACACAAAGACUAUCCAAAAAACAGAGGAGAUGUUCCAAGUGCUGUUUGACAUUAACAAAUAUUUGCGAUGUUGAUAAUUAUCUCUCUGUUUUAUUUAAGAAAGGUAUGCAUCACACAGAAACUACAACGGAGGCCUGCGACUUUAAGUGUGACGGGAAAGUGACAGUGACUUAUUGUGGAUAUCAUUUGUCUCUGGCAUUUAAUGAAUUUCGACUUUGUCACUUAUUCUGAAUCCAACCGAAGUAGCACAACUGAUAUAGACUUAUAUGAAUGAGUACAAUGUGCAGGAUUAUUCGUCAACAUCCUACAGCAGAAAAGUCUUAAAGAUUAGAGGUCUGUAUUUAAAAAUGAGCCUUUAAUACCCCUAGCGGAAAUUAAAGCGAAGUCCCAACAUAGUAAUGGCUAAAAAUAGAUUCGUCAUAAUAAAUUGCCUCACGAAUUUGUGCCUCCACACACUAGACAUGGCGGAACGCAUAUACAUGUACUACCAAAACCAUAUGUACGAUACUCAUUGCAUUCCAUGGUUUGGUAGAUCUGCUUGUUGGAUGUUGACUAUGAGUAUUGGACCAUUAAUAAGGCCUUAAAAAAACUUAUAAAAUAUGAUAAAUAUGGACUUGUGGCAAAACAAUUUUGGGUCGACUCUGUUUUAAAGUUGCAUAAAAUUAAAAAAACGCGCGAUUAUAUACCGCUAUUCGUAUGAAAUAGUGACUAAUACGUAUAAAAUCUUUAUUCUCACUACAAAUCCAAUCAUAUUUCGGUAUCGUUUCGCAAUAGUAACCCCGUGUUGGUGUGACCAAGUAGCGGUUCUAAUCUGGAAGUUGAAUUUAUAUUUAUUUGAUUCGACCACCUACAUUGAUAUUAAGGCCAACACUUUUGUAAACCACCUGAUAAAAAAUAAAAGGCCUGAUGGUUAUACCGUAUGGUCAUGUUGCCGAAAGACCUUGAGAGUUUAAAGGAUAGUUCUCUAAUAAAUGGUUUGGAAGGAAUAAGAACGAAAAGGAGAGCUCAUUUUAUGAUUUAUUACAAAUUGUUCUCAAACACCGUGCUUAAUGUGGUGAAACGUCGCCUUGAAGUGUAUCAAGUAUGUAAAUGAUAUUCAAUGUGUAUAUUAUAACAUCUCGGCGUGUUUGUGUAUGUGAACUACACUACGAGCAUAACAUCAAAAUAACGUGUGUGUUUAAAAAACACCAGCUGAACACCGUGUGCACAAUCAUAUAAAAUACGUGUUUGGAUUUUAUAUCUUGUGAAUGUCGUGCGGUUCGAGUUGACACGAAUUCCACAUUCAUUCGAUAGGGAUUUUAUCUAAGGAAUUUAUGUUUAAAUCGUUUAUAUCAUUGUAGGACCUGGCAAAGGCGACAAUAGUUACAAAUUGAUGAAUGAUUUAAAAUUUGUAAAGCAUUAUUGAAUCGUGUCAACGCGACCUUAACACAACCUGGAUCUUUUGUAACCUGCAUUAAAUGAAAAUAUUGUAAUAUUAAUCCCGUUAGAUUUCAAUUAGAUUUGUACGAAAGUGGCACACGAAGACAUCAAAGAGACAUGUUCUUGAAACAAGAUACAUUGUCAUGAUUAAACGCAGCUUGCUUCCAUAUCCUAACAAACAUCUCGCCCAUUAACUCAUUACUCUUUCGUCAUCCAUAGUCAAUCAUUUAGAUAUUCGUGUAUCAACAUCAGUGCUAGAUCUGUUACCAUCUAAAGAUGGCUGUUACAUUACUGUAAUGAUAUAUUGUGUGACGUACUGAGAAACAUCGCUAAAAUUGUUUUGAAUCUUAUUUUUCGGAUAAGCAAUGAUUCGAUUAGUUACCUUCUCACGACAUCGAUUGGAUAUUUAUAAACUUUGUUAUGCGGAUACUCAAAUGAAAUUGCUCACUUAUUUUCCCAUGAUGAUAUAUAGUUGAAUAUUAUCAAUAAUAUCAUUAAUAAUUAUCGCACGAAAAACAGGAGAGAAAUGUUGAGCCAUGGAUGACUGAAAAACAUACAACUGCAAUAACAUCAGAUUGACACAGCGGAAUCUCGUUGAUCGGAAAUUUUACUGGACAAAGGAUCCACUUUGUAAAAGUCAAUAUUUUGUUAGUCCUACUUCUCCAUGGCGUUUUAUUGUUCGGAAUAACCAGAUCCAACUGUAUUGGUUAACUCCAGUUAUAACUAACCCAAGUAUAACAUGUUUAACAUGGCAUUACAAUAAUACCAGUCAACAUUUUAGUGACAUCAUCUCGCCUUACAUCAUCAUGACGUCAUCGUAUACGUCAUAAUCACGUGUGACUUGUUGUGUAUAUUUGUAAAUAUUGCUUUAUUCAUGUCAUUAUGUUAUGAUCCGGGGACCAAUGCAAUUUCUUGUCGUAUUUUGAAAUCCUAGAUAGUUAGCACAUAGGUAUUGACAUGUUCAAUUCUACAGUUGCAUAUGCUUAAAUGGAAGGGAAUCUAAUCUCAUUAAAAAAGCCAUCCUUUGCUCUGAUUUGAUACCCCCACCCCCUCUCCUGAACUACGUCUACAUGUAGUCAUAAUUUAAACUCAGAGCCUCAUUAAUAUAUAAAGCAGAGUCGUCAAGUUUACCAGAAAAAAACAUUAUCGACAUGGUUUGCUCAAACGAAGCAUAGCAAGGUGUACUGCAAGGGCGAUGUUUUUAUCAUAUCUUCUUUCAGUAUUUUACUAAUAUGUUUUGAAAGUACAAAUAGAUACUUAUAAUAAAAAGAUAUUAUAAUAAAGACGUCCAUCAUAUCAUUGUUUUGAAAUGACAUUGCCCAUUGUCUCACACAUACGCAACUGUAAAAUAGUUCUUUACUUAAUCUCCAAACAUGCACUUUGAUCACAACUUGUUAAGAUAUCACGUAUAGGUUGCAAUGCUGUUGUUGACAUAGAACGCUUUCUGCACAAUUACGAUAAUUCAAUAGCUCAGCAUAGAUCAUGUAUAUUUAUACAUAUAUAAACAAUACCCAAUGUGUCGUGUAGUGGUACAAGUGUUUGAAUAGUCGUAUAUUAAUGCCAAAACUUAUAUCAUGUGGUACUAUCUUCUGACUGUUCAAACUAUCGUGCGUAAGUCCUUUUAGACUAUUUCGAGACUUUUAGAAUGUGACUUUGUUAUACCAUUUCUGUAUUAUUUUGUAUAUAAUCAACACUAUCAUUUUGGUUCAGAGAUGUACAUUAUUUCUUACUAUGUUUUUUUUAUCAUUUAAUGUUUCGUCAAUCAAAAUUCGAUUCACAUUUAUUAACGUUAUCUUGGAAAUUUACGGCACUUUCAUUUCAGCGUUUAAGUUACAUUCAACAAAACAUGUUUUGUUCGUUGGAUCCAAUAAUAGUUUAAUCGUGUGCUGUACUGAUGUUCACCAUCCUUUGCCACAGUUUUAUAUGUGUCAUUUUUGUCAAGCUUUACAAAUAAAGUUAUACUCAUGA